UAUGUGCCACGGUUCAAAUAAGAAAGCGAAGGAAACGAAACAGAUACUGAAAGGUGAAGAAGACGAUAGAAAUACUCGCGAACAAGCUCUUGAAACUUUGGUCUCUCGACAGACCAGAGACGGCGCAGCGGAUCUAGUUUAGUCUAGUUUACAUGCUUGAACUGCAUUUAAGUCAUUUAAAUCAUAAUGUCUGUUAGUGCCAAAAAUGAAAUGGAGAGAAUAUGUGAUUUCUUGAGGCAAAACGGUGAAAGCAACGCUUUGAAAAUCGCUAAAGAACUCAAACUGGACAAAUCCACGGUAAACAAACAUUUAUACAGCUUGCUGGAGUCGAAACAGUUGAACAGAUCUGCCAGAAAUCCUCCUGUCUGGUCUUUAAAAGAGGAGACGAUUACUGAGAUUAAACCAGCACUGAAAUCUGAAGCUUCAUGUGAAGAUAAAACUGUGAUUGAGCUGUUGAGAUCUAGAGGAACAGACGGGUUGGCAGCUUCUCAGAUCGCAAAAGAACUGAAACUACCACGAAAAACUGUAAACAAACAGCUGUACAGUAGGCUCGAGAAGGGUGAAGUACACAAAUCUGAGGACAAUCUGUGGACUUGGUGUAAUGAGAAUAGAAAUGGGAAUCUGCAGAAAGAGAUUAAACACGGGUUCCCCUCGUGUGCACAAGAUUUUAGACCGGCCUCAUAUUCAGGGUUAUCUCAAAAUUUUGACGAGAUCACAAAGCUUGAUCAAGGAGGCUAUGGCCAUGUUUACAGAGUGAAGCAUAAAUAUGAUGGCAACAUCUAUGCUGUGAAGAUAGUCAACUUAACUGGGAAAGCUGAUUCUGAGGUGAAGGUAUUGGCUCGACUAGAUCAUCCAAACAUUGUACGUUAUCAUACAUGCUGGACAAGUUCUGACAACUGGACAUCAAACAAGGACAUGUCUAAGGCAUCAUCUUCCUCAGUUGAAGUGACCUUUGAGAGAUCCAGUAGUGGACAGAGUGAUGUCACAUCAGAUAUGGAGAGUCUGGAUCUGACAGUGGAAUCAACAUUCACUACUGAAUCAUCAAGAAGCCACAGUACACACAGUUCGGACCCUUUAAAUCACAGAAUGUAUUUGUAUAUUCAAAUGGAGUUCUGUGAGGGAGGUAAGCUGACUGAAUGGAUAAAGACGAGGAAUCUUACGGAAAAACAGAGAACGCUGGAAAUAUUUUCUGAAAUUGUUAGUGGAGUGGAAUACAUCCAUUUGAACAAUCUUAUCCACAGAGACUUGAAGCCUGAUAAUAUAUUGUUUGGCGCUGAUGGCAAAGUGAAGAUUGGAGACUUUGGGCUUGUAGCUGCUCUGAUGAAUCACAAUGGUGAGGAUAUAGAGAGAUCAAAAAGAAAAGGAACACCACAGUAUAUGAGUCCAGAACAGGAAAAUCUGCGGAAAUAUGAUGAAAAAACAGACAUAUUUCCCCUUGGACUCAUAUGGUUUGAGAUGCUCUGGAAAUUGUCUACUGGCAUGGAGAGAGCAAAGCUCUGGCCAGAUCUGAGAAAUCAAAGGUUUCCUCAGGGAUUCUGUGAGAAAUAUCCAACUGAAAAUAAAUUCAUUUUGAAGAUGCUGUCACAGGAACCAAAGGACAGGCCACAUGCAAAAGAAAUAAAAGAAAAUCUGGUCACAUUUUUCUCUUUAGAUCAGAAUCCGUUAAGUCAGAGAACUAUUUGAGAUUUUCUCUCUCUCUUUCUCUCUCUUUCUCUCCCUCUCUCUCUUUCUCUCUCUCUCUUUCUCUCUCUCCCU